UAGCUACCGUAAACUUCGACAACAACUCUCACUUUUCACCAGUCGUCCUUUGCUGCUCCGCUAUUGCGUGCUUCAUUGCAACACCAGAGUAGAACAUGAUACAAUCUGUCGACCGCCUACUUGUAAGAGUAUAAAACUUUCAACCAGGACGUCUAGGUCUUGUCGUCUCUCGUCUCGUCGACCAUAUACAACACAUACAGCUCCGAUCUGCUAAGGCUUCACCUCGACCUUUCCAAAUUGGAUAUGAUAAAUAGCCUCCUAUACGCAUAAACAGUUCAGCCGGAUUCUCUUACCGCCUUCGUCUUCAACUACCACCACCGAGUCGACUUCGACACCACGGCCUAAGCAGCAACCGCAUCCUCUCACAUACUACAUAACAACGUCCACACCAAACAUCGCACACCAUGUCUUCAGAUCUGUCUUGGGAACCCGAGUACUGCCUUGCCUGCGACAGGCAAACAGACGGCGCUACCUACUGCUCUGAGUCAUGCAGGCUCUCUGAUUUCGAGAAGACGUCGUCCACAGCCAGCACACCAGUCACUACCCCGGGACUUAGCAGCCCGUCCUCCUACAACUGGACAGCACCAAGGCCUCAAGCCAAGUUCUUCCUGCCUCCCGCUUACGACUUCAGCAACGCUCAACCGUACGGUUCAACACCACUACCCCAGUCAUACCUGUCCCAGCGCUCGGAAUCGUCCUCGUCGUCUUCUGCCCGAAUCCUCACCCCAUCUAGCUCCCACAGUAGCCUCUGCUCCCUCCGAAGCACGUCUUCCUCGGGAAGUGAAGGGUCACAGCUGUCAGACAAGGCAAAGAAGCAAUUGAGGGACUACGCCAGCUCCUUUGAGCACACCCGCCUUCAACAAUCACGACGACGAUCCUACUAAACGUGGACGAACCGAACUAAUGAUAUAUUUUACAUUCCAACUCGCAAUUCGACAUUCAACACUCCACUUAUUAUACCCAAUAAGCAUGUUAUAACUUUCGGUUCUACGCAACCUACACGACUCAUUCACUUCUCGAUUUUCCUUACUCUCUAUUUUACCAGAACGACUAGGCAUGAAGGAUCACAUUUCCGUUUUAUUUGUUACUUUGUUGUACAAGAGCAUCUUUUGGAGCACAGCAUCAUAAAAAGUUUGGGUCAUUUCGGGAUUCUGUCUUCGACUUCCUUCUAGCCGCGGGCGUACGAUUGGGGGCUACCGGUAUAGGCACGGACUUUGUUGUACCACGAUACAAUAUUGAGAUAUCACUUGAUUUUCUAUUUGCAUGGCACGUCGAUGCCGGGAACCGGGGGUUUUGGCACAGGAACCGACUAGACCAGUCGGUUAGAACAAUGUUUUGGAAGCCGUCUUGUCAAGGCGAUGGCGUUAGAAUUAGGACAAAGCAGCCGUGACGGGAAUCCCCGAUUCACAGGCUCAUCCGCGUACACCGUGGAUUGAUGGGACUUGAUACUCGUUUCAGGCAGCUAGGACUAGCCUAUGCUUGUCUCUCCGAACUGGUUCUGCUUCAUGCGGAACCAUCGGAGCUUCGUUCAGAUAAAGAAUCGAAAAACAGUUCAAGCCCCUCACAAAAGCGUUUCUCUACUCAA